AUUAUUGUCAUCGGCUACACGCUGCUACUCGUAGUUUGUAUGUUUAUCUAUUUUGUGAAGAAAGACGUCGACACUUCGAAAUUCAGGUGGCUGUCAAGAAGACGUGAUUGAGAUUACGGUCUCCAUACUGCCAAUCCAGUUUGGCAAAGUUUUUUAUUUGUUAAACAGAUGAUUGCGUUGGUGUAACAAAUGUAUCAGAUGAUGUUGGAAUUGAGUGGUGGUGGUGGAGAUGAAGAGACAGAUGGACAGCCUGCCGGUGUCAGUUCAGACUCUGACACAGAAGAUGGUCCACUCUCCAAUGUUUUUUCCUAUGAGGAAGUACUGGCAGCAUGGUAUCUGUUAAAUACUGCUGUAAAAAAGAGAGUGAGCCAUACGCUGAGGAUUUCUUCGUUCUGGUGGCACAUUCUACUCCGCCAAGAUGAAAACCACGCCACCACCCGAUGGGCCAUCAGAACAGGAUUCAUCGAGGCAAAUGCCUGUACCGAUUUAAGCCUGCAGAAACUGGAGCGCAUUGAAACCUUGGAGAGCAUUCUCAGCGCCAUGGAGAGAGGAUGGUUAUCUGACAAACUAACAAAGCAAUUAAUACCAAUGAGUGCCUGUUUUCAGUUGUCGGAUGGAGACCUCACAGAUGAGGCCAUGGAAUGGCUGCAAUUGACAGGAGAGCCCAAUAUUGUGACAAAGGUUAAAAAGCUGGGACCCCGAUAUAUUUGCUACGAAAUCCUUAGGUUCAUCUUUGGGAAAUGUUCCCCUCUUACAACUGAAUCAGUAUCGGGUGAAGGUAUUCUGAUGAAGUUAAAGGAAGAGCUUUCUCUGGAGCCAGACAUGUGGUCAAGAGAGAAAAGCGAAGACCUAAAGACCAAGGGCAAUGAGCAGUAUCGAAAAAGCAAAUUUCAACUGGCUCUGAAGUGGUACACCAAAGCCAUCAAACAUCAUCCAACUAAUCAUGUACUUUAUGGAAAUAGAGCCAUUUGUUUUAUUCGCAUUGGAAAAUAUACAAAAGCUCUCGGGGACGGGAAACGAGCGACGGUGCUUAAACCAGACUGGGCGAAGGGUCACUAUCGUUUCUGCGAAGCAUUGUUCCUUUUGGAUCAGCCCAAGAAAGCUCUGGAAGAGAAUGAGAGGGCACAUGAUCUUUGCCUUUCUGAUACAGAAGGCAUUAAAGAACUUAUGCGACAGAGAGAAAAGUUCUUAUUGGACAGCAAAGGUGGAGAUAAGCCACAGAGACCGAAGAGGCCUGGAAUGAUGAAAAACUCUAAUAAAAGAUCUCUAAGUGCCUUGGCCUUGGAGUUUCAGAGGGACCCAGACCCAGACCCAGACCCAGACCCAGACCCAGAGGGUGACCUGGACCAAGCACAUGAUGAAUUGAGCACGGAGAAAGAGGAAGGCGAGGACCUUAUGAGUGGUGAAGGAUAUUCAGGUCAAUCUGACAUUGGGAUACACACUAAAGCUAACCAGGACACCAAACAAAUGAAAAGUGAAGAGAAAGGAAAGAAAUCUCACGGAGCAGCAUCAUCAUCCACGCGGGAAAAAGUGAAAAUGAAAAGCCAGAAUUCACUCGAAGAGACUCCGACAGCCAAAAGUGCUGCGGAUCUGAAGGAAGAACUAGCCUGUGCUGUUCAGGUGGCUCGCGUGGCCUGGACCGGGCAGAACUGGGCCGACGCGAAGCAAGCCUUCUCCCAUGCUCUGGACAUCAUUGAAUCCACUUCUCCACAGGAACUGGGCAUAUCUGAACUUGACAAACUCCUUCUGAUGUAUGGAUAUGCCACAGCUCUCACAGAAAUGGGACGGCCACAGGGGCUAGCAGAAGCUAUGAAGCAGUUUGUCCAAAUCCAGACCAGUUGUGAUGAAAAGUUAGAGUGCUUGGUGUACUUUGGAAUGGGAAGAGUAUUCCUGAAAGAGAACAGGUUUUCAGAUGCUCUCAAGCGAUUUUCUGAAGCACUGCUGGUGGUUGAGAGAAAAACAACCCCUGGGGUACUGACCUGGCCAACCACAGAUGUUCCCAUUAAGGAAGCCCAGAUAGAGCAUUUAAGGGACUUUCUUGAGGAGUGCAUUGAAAUUUGCAGAUUCCCACCUCUACCAGAUGCAGUAUGCAGGCACACGAUGUUUCAGGACCAUUCAAAAAGAGACAUUUACUACACAGACCCAGGUUUUAAGGGAUUUCAUCGUAUGGUAUGCAGUCAGAGAUGUGUUGUGGAAUUCCACACCAGCUGUUGGAAGAAGUUCAAGACUGUCACUGUCAAAAGAGAUAAGGAUUUCCUACAAAAAACUUGCUUCACCCCUGACUGCGCUGGCACGAUCUGUCACAUUGUAAUUGUUGGGGCUACUGGACGUAUUAAAUGUGAGUUUGAAUCAUCCAUCCCAAAACAGACUACACACAGACCAAGAAUAAAGCAGCGAUCCACACGUCCUAAGGCCAUGAAAAUCAAAGAAGAACCAAAACUGAAGCACAGCAGACAGUUGGCCGAUGUUUCAGUCCAGGAUCACUUAAGUUUGGAAGAGAAUACCAGCAUUGGAGAAAGUGGCAAGAAAAGAACAGUCCAAGCGUGGCUUGAUGAAGAUCAUGUCUUGCGCCAAAUUGGUGAAAUGAGAGAUUGUUUUGGAGACGAAACCCUCGGUGUGUCUGCUUUUAUGACGUCGCUGAAGUCAUGGAUUGAGAGGGAUUUGGCCAAAGGCCUUGAGUAUCUUCUACUCAAUGGGGAGGAGCCAAGGGUGCUCGAGAAUGUGGUGGAUCUGCUGCUGCAGAGGAAGAGCAGAGUGUGGGCCAGAGUCUUCCUCCAGGCGCUCAGUGACUGUGUUGGCCUGCAGCGAAGACUCUUUGCGUGGGCCCAGGAUCUGAAUGAGCAAGGUCUUAAAGCAGCAGAGACGUUCAUUGAACGUUAUGCAGAACCCUUAGAGCAAUUGGACCUUGGACUUUUGCUCACGUUUCCCCCAUUGCAGCACGCCCUUAUUGAAAGGCUUGGGACCACCAUGCCAGAUCUGUUCAGCAGUGCUGGAUUAACUAUUACACAGUACCUGAGACAAGCCUCGUCACAAGAGAUGCGUUUGUUUAUCUGGACGCUGGAGGAGCACAGAGAUGAAUUCCCCUCCUGCCAUACGGUCUUGGAUGAGUAUUUUGCAACAGAUUGUAGUUAUUUGGUGAUCAGGAAGACGGAGCAUGAAAACCCAGCUAAUCAGCACCCUAAGAAGAGCAAAAGAAAGAAACUCAAAGAGUCAAAGUCUGUUCUUGUCUCGUCUGGCAUGAGCACCGGACACUUAAGAGAAGAAAGGGAAGACGACUAUCUUUAUGAAGAGGAUUCAUUCAUGCUUCUUGACACCAUGGAUUCGUUCACUAUUCCUGAUUACCUACGAGACCAACUUGCAGAAUUUGAAGAGGAAUGUGUUGGUGACGCUAGUCACAUCAGGAGAAAUGGAAACAAUAUUUCAGACCCAACAAGAGAGAAUUUGUAUGAUUAUUUUGCUCAGGUUCUAGAGGAACAUGGACCUUUGAAAUCGGAUCAUCCAUUACUUGUGGGAGAGUUGGAAAACUUCCCUCGUGACGCACAGGAUAAAAUUGAAGAGUCCGGAGGACUAAAAGCUUUCCUCUUGGAGUCUUUACGGUUUCUCAUGAAGGAUGAUGUCAUUGCCUUAAUUAAACACGUGGGAGCGCUGCAGGAUGUGGCUCUGGAACAGAUGGAUCGCUCAUGUGGCUGCCAUGUUGAAGAUCUUUCUGAUGUCAAUGAAACCACUCUGAACCCGUUAGCGGAAGAGUUUCACCCAACUUGUGAAGCUUCAGGAAUCGAGGAUACUAAAACAAUUUCUGGGACGAGAAACAUUGCAGCUUCUGAAAAUGUGUCCGGCCACCUCAUGAAGCAUAACCGGGAUUCCAGCUGUGCACUCAAAAGACCUAUUCACGAAUGCCGACACGUGCCCUUUCCUCAGGAUCCAUGUUCUCAUCAAACAUCAAAGUCCUCUCACCCUCCUGUUGAAACCUUUGUCCCUGGAAGACAUUUUGAAAAAUAUGGUACUGCUAUUUCUUUCUGUUUGAAUAAGCAGACCGGUGCAUGUGUUUCACCAAAUGCUGAACAGGACUGGAAACCAGAAGUGCUUGCUUCUCUUAAUGAGAGGGGUGAUGGAAGUAAUACCGUGAGCUUCUGCCAUGGAGGGGCCGCUCGCAAUGAACAGGCAUUUUCUACAAUUGGAGCCGAUGUUGCAGUUAAUACUGAGGCAUAUGACCGCUUUGAAUAUGGGAAAGGUGAAAUGGCAAUAAAUGAGAAAAAACAUAUGGAGUUUAAAAUCAGAAUGCCACGACUGAAAAAAGACCUUGAAUCCGAUGUUCAGAGGAGAAAAGCUGACUUGGCUCAACGUGGAGAUGUUUAUGAUGAAAUUGAUCAGAAAACCGAGGUCAUCAAUAAAGAACUUUGUUUGCUUCAGCAAAGGUUUGACAAAGAGAUGAAAAUGUAUCAGCCAGAGAAAAAGGAAAACCAGGAAACACUGAAAAUGUUAAAGGCAAAAAUCUACAGUUCGUCAGCAACAAAUGACAGUUUGGCAAAGGUAAUCAUGAAGAAGAAUAAGAAGUAUGAGACAAAGUGUACUUGUUUCAGUACAAUAAGCAACCAGUUGGCUGCUGAGAAGGCCAGUUUGAAGGGUGAAAUGGACAGGCACAAGCACUCGUCUACAAGCCAAACCAAACGGUCUCAAUUUGCUGGGAUUUUGAUACUUGAGAGCCGCCAAGCCCAAGGUCUCAGAGGACUGAAAAGAUGUGUAUUCCGGAGUAAAGCCAUUCUCAGGCGCAUCACUGAACUCUCUUCCAGGUACCCUUCUUCAGGUCUUGAAGGACUUAUCGAUUCAUGGCGGGCUUGUGUCCAUGAUGCGGAGCAAAAGAUCUCCCGCACCCAGGCUCUGUUCAGACAGCAGAUGGACCUGAUUAAGGAUGGGACUGCACUGUGCAGACUUCCACACGUGUCUGUGCCUCCAUGUCCCCCAACACCUCCUCAGCCGAUUUUGGACCCACAGCUACCUACAAAUCAGGGGCCAAGACCAAUAUACUCACACCAUAGUGCCCAGAUGCCAGUUACGUUCCCAAAUCAGAACUUUCUCCAGCUGCUCGACAUGUCUGCUGACAUGCCUGCCCACGGAACGAAGGCAAAGAGUGUUUUUGAGAAGAUCAUAGACCACCUGAUCACUGUGUUUCCUCGUUUUGAUCGAGAAACCCUCAUCAAGUUUACUCAUGAAUUGGUCUCUGCAAAUGGAGGCCAUCUUUUGUCACUGCCUUACGAGGAGACAAUACAAAGAAUAUCCCAGCACAUUUUGGAUUCAUCAGAAGAUGAACGUAUCAAGGGCCAAAUGAACUCCAGCAGAGGUCAGGCCAGUGGUCUGGAGGUCCAGGCUGAGAUUGGUGGUCAGAUAGCAUCAAGGCCAUAUUCACCCUUCAGGACCACAGGACAGCCUCCUCCGUCCCAUGUGUGGAGCAAUCUAUCAGCUUCAAGGUCUACCACUUUCAGAACGGACCAAAUGCAUUCCACCGAAAGUCAGUCGGGCCUUUUCAGUGCCCAGUCAGAGAUGAGUCACAUGGCAUCAAGAUCAUACUCACCUCUCAAGUCGGCUGAAACACAUCCUCCUGUCUGGAAAAGUGAAGCUGCGCAAAGACCAAAUAGCACCCAAAGAAUGUUGAAUAUGGAGGACCCUUGCAUAAUCUGCCAUGAAGAUGUGACCCCUGAGGCUCUGUGUGUGCUCGAGUGUCGACAUGGCUUUCAUCGUGAGUGCAUCAAAUCAUGGCUGAACACACAAAGUACAUGUCCUACUUGCAGAAAGCACGUUCUUCAGCCAGAGGAUUUUCCAGUGCUGCCAGUCCGUUUAGACAAAUCGAAUGUGUAGCAUAGCAUCUUUACCCAGACCACUCCCCUUCCCCGUAAAAUAAAUAGUUGCCAGACAUUGAAAUAUGCUUUACAUUGACAUUUUUAUGUUUUAGUUUUUUUGGUACGGGAUGGAUGUUUUUUUUUUUUUUUUUUUUUUUUUUUAAAGCUCUCUUUACUUUGUGUUUCUUAUAUGCAAUGCACAUUCCAAAUCAGUGGUUCAUUUUGCAUACUAAUUUGCUUACAAUCAUGUUUUAAUUGUAUCAAGAUUAAGUUUUUAAUUCUACUUUUUUUUUUUUACUGGCACAUUUCUGAUUUGACUGUAAAAUGAAUCAUUCCCAGCUGAUCGUAACUCGUUUUCGUUAUUGUUAUUAGUUACAGCGGUAUUGGUAGCCUGUAUUGUUACAUGCUGAUUAUAUAAAUAUUCUGUAGUUUUCUGAAAAUAAAGUUCAGUUCAAAAAUGAAAA